AUGCGCCAAUCUCUCCGCCGGUCCUGUGCGGCAUGUGCCAAAUCAAAGUCCAGCUGCGAUCUCCGCACACCGCGCUGUUCCCGCUGCAUCAAGCGUCAAGUCGAGUGCGCCUAUGCGAACGAACCUUCGACGGGGCCGGCAACUCCCGGAUGGCAGAAUCGGGAAUCAACAAACCCCCUAAGUGGAUCCGGCACUUUAACUAACUACAGAUUCGGGUCCCUUGAUCCUUUUGAUUCGUAUCCACAGACUAGACUUCCUCGGGAACACGUUCAACGUCUGAUCUACAGCUUCCUUCACAAAAUCGCCUUCCAAUACUAUCCUCUUGAUCUUAAUGCGACUUCAAAUCCGUUUUUGAUCUCUUGGUGGCCACUUGCCCUAGGGGAUCCUGCACUAUUUCAUGUCUCUCUGCAGACAGCAUGUCUUGACGAAGAGUUGUUGGCCCAGAAAGGCUUUCAGACCUCCGAAAUUCUCAUGGCAGACUCGGUGGCGUUACUACGACGCAAGGUUGAAUAUAUGUCACUAGCUGUUCAAGAUGGGACUAUGAACUCAGUCAUCACCUUGGCAACUAUCGAGUUCGGCAAAGGGAAUAUAAAAGUUGGCGAAAUGCAUGUUAAGGGAUUGAAAAAGCUGGUCGAUAUGAGAGGUGGCAUCAAUGCAGUAAGGCAGACAAGCCCGCUCACCGCGAGAAUGAUCAGUUGGGUAUCGAUGGUCAUCAUGGGUCAUCCUCAAUUUGAGACUCAAAAUGACUUCGGGAUUGGAGAUGGCAUCCCUCCCAUCCCGGAAUGGCAGUUUGACUCGAUUACGCAUGACGAUCAGCUAUUUGAUCUCAGCACCAUCGAAGUGGACUAUGCCGUUAGCAAUGUUUUCAAUCGUUUACGCAACAUCUUCCAGCGAGCGUGCAAUAUACCUUUCCCAGCCACACAACUUCACGACCUUACCUGUUUUGUCAUACACCGACUCCUACUCUCCGCCCCAGGCACAACAAUACCUCCACUCUCACCGAUGACGGAAUCCAUCCGGUGCGCAAUAAUACUUUACAUGUUCAUCGCUCAGGGGCCAACAUAUUACUCGCAUGCAGUCAUAUUGAAUACGAUUGUCAUUCGAUUUAUGGAGCACCUCGAGCAUCUCGCGUCAACACCUUGUGUGUAUGAUUCACUGGAUGUCUGGUUUACUGCGGUCGGAUUGGUAGCUUCAGCUGGCACAGCUCAUCACCGGUGGUUCAUGAAUAGGGCACAAGAUGUAGCUGCUUCGCUACAACUGGACAACUUUAGUGACACGCUGGUCCACAUCAAAGCCGUCUUAUGGUUGGAGAAACCGCAGAGUGAAGAUCUGUUUCGAUCCUAUUGGGAUACUGUCUUCAAUUGCACGGAUCAAUCGGUACUAUCAGACUUCUCGGUAUCGGUUUCGCCAUACAGCAGUAGCGUGGAAUUUAUAUGA